AGAUAGAGAGAGAACUCCUCAUUACAUUGAUGCAGCAUAGAAAUGGGUCCAUUGUCCUCUUAAUGAAUUCAAAACCUUUUUUAUGUAAAGACACGAUCCGGGUCUGCCGCUCCUCACUCCACUGUCCCCUCUUCUUCAAUUGCUUCUUCUUCAAUUGUUUCUUCUCUCUCAUUCAAAAUAGAGGAGGAGAAAAGAAGAGAAGAGAUUCGGUGGUGAGUGUUAUAUAGAGUAUCCAUCUCUAGCCCCGCGCAGGAGUUGCAAAAAUAUAUAUCUUAUCUCUACACUACACAUGGAAGAUCAAUACGGCAUGGGCGAUCUGCGGCAGUACAUGAGCAGCCGCCCUUUAUUUCCACCUCCGCCGCCGGAAUCGCUAUCCAGCCACCCCUACGACAUGCUCAUCUUCCGCUCAGAUUCCGGAAAUAACAGCGCGGGAGGUGGUGGUGGUGGUGCGGCCGUGCACUGCUACAGCGGAUUCGAGAGUGCGGGAAGAUGGCCGCGCCAGGAAACGCUCACUCUUCUGGAGAUCAGAGCGAGACUCGACCCCAAAUUCAAGGAGGCCAACCAAAAGGGCCCCUUGUGGGAUCAAGUCUCAAGGGUAAUGUCUGAGGAGCAUGGAUACCAGAGGAGCGGCAAGAAAUGCAGAGAGAAAUUUGAGAAUUUGUACAAAUAUUACAAGAAGACGAAAGAAGGCAAAGCCGGAAGACAAGACGGAAAACACUAUAGAUUUUUCCGACAACUCGAAGCCCUCUACGGCGGCAGCGAAGCUAACAUUGAUCCAGCACCUCAUCCCAACCUGUUGACAACUUCAAAGGUCUCCGACACGAGCCUGAGCCUCUCGAACUACUCGGAAGCUGACACGAGCUCGUCCGACAACAGAGAUUGGAAAAUAAAAAUUAGCGAUUUCAUGGACGCGCAUAUGAAGAAGAUGAUGGAGAAGCAGGAGGCGUGGAUGGAGAAGAUGAUGAGGGCGAUGGAGGAGAAGGAGAGGGAGAGGGCGACGAGGGAGGAGGAGUGGAGAAAGCACGACGCAGCUAGGAUAGAGAGCGAGCGCGAGUUCUGGGCGAGCGAGCGCGCGUGGAUCGAAUCGCGCGACGCGGCUUUGAUGGACGCGCUGCACAGCCUCACCGGGAACGGCGUCUGGCCGGAAUGCGAGAUCAACAGGCUGAUGCAGCUGACGGAGGGGAAAUUCGAGGAGGAGAUGGUUUGGGAGGAGAUUGCGAGCAAGAUGGCGUGUUUUGGACAUGAGAGGAGUGCUGCGAUGUGCAAGCAGAAAUGGGAAAGCAUCCAUAAUUAUGUCAGCAAGAAGAGCAAAGCUUAUUGCGAUCAAGGAAAUAUAAGCUUGAAUCCGAAUCCGAAUCCGAAUCCGAAUCCGAAUGCGGCGUCUGGCAUUAGCGAGAGCUGCUUCAGGUACUUCGUGGGAGAUGAUUAUGGAAGGAUCAUCGACUGAGAUCAAGGAGGCCUUAAUAAUUGGGUGAAAGUCUAACUACAUGUGUUACUUUGAAGAAGACCUAAUUGAUGCUACUUUGUAGUAAUAUUGAUUUAAGCUUUUGAUUAUAUAUGUGUCUUUUAUUUGGGUCGGUUUUCUUUUUUCUGUUGAAUGAUUGAAUUACUUUCACCAGGAACUUAUUUAGUUUUACUUCUUUCUUCUAUUUUAUUAUUAGUAGUAUUAUUAUGAUUAUUAUUAACAUGGGGUUGUUCCUGUAAUGUACUGUUUGACAGCUGCAUUAAUAUGAAUUUUAAGAUUUAUUGGUGUUUA